AUGAAAAAGAGAAAAAAAGCACACGCCUGGACCCUGAGCAAAACAUUCGUGCGGCUACGACUCGCCCUGGAACCACGCUUUCCGGGCCACCCCCUCGCCACGCACUGCGGCUUGCGGGAGCACAACAGGCCCAUCCAUAUUCCGCCACUGCUCCGCUGCGGCCUCAGUCCAUCGCGGCAUCCGCAGUCCCCACUCCCGCACGUUCGCACUGUGCCGCACAAUGGCGUCUUGCAGGGGACGGAAAUGCGUGGUCGCUACAUCCGCAAUCACCCGCCUGCGCGUCUUGUUGCUCGCUCGCCCCCGCCACGAUACGAACGUGACCGGAGAUGA